UUACUGGGCCCUCCAGCCUUGAUGUGGAGAAUCUGCUCCCCCAAUCUCUGCGGGAUGGGAUGUUACCAAUUCAGCAUGAGAAUCUCCAGCUGUUGGUCUCGUUGAUCCAGACUCGACUUUCAUCCAGGCAACUGAAAUGGCACAAUGAACAGCUCAGUGCAGAGAUGGAACAGAUCAAAGGUGGAUCAUCCAGUCCCACAGAUCCCACGGCUGCGGAGGUUGAGGACAGGAUGGAUGGGCUGGAAGAUGCCUUAAAGCUAUGUGUAGCUGAGCUGAUAGCUCUGAUUGUUUCGUGGCAGCGACAGAUGGAAGGAGAGCAGAGAAAGGAUCUAUCAGUGGAAUACGAGAGGUGUAGAAUGGAGAUGCAAGAUUUGGCUAUCCAUCAGGAAAAGGAAGUUGAAUCGUUGAUGGAACGUCUUGCACCGUCCCGAAUAAGGGAUAGGUUUUCGGGCAAAUGCCAUGCCAAUGAAGUCACUGAGCUUCGAAAGUCUCUUGAGCUGCGUCAGAAACGUUCCUUGGAAGAGACCAUGGCGGCAUUGGAGCAGGAAGAAGUGGUUCUGGCAGAGUCUUGCAUGGCACUGGAUGAUGAGGAGAGUAAAAUGCAGUCUGAGAUGCAAGUGGAGAGUGAGGAAGCAGAAGCCUUGCGUCGGAUGCGUUUGGAAGUUGGGAAACUGGAGACUCUUCGUAAUCGCCUUGAAGCAUCUGAACAGACUGCUUUGAGCAAUCGAAGAAAAUCUCACCAGGAGUGUGUCUUUUGGGAAGAUCGAAUUCAGCACUAUGCGCGCGUGCGAGAGGAGCUCACUGAUAGCGCUUGGGUGAUGUCACAUGAACUGCAGGAGAAAAUUCUUGAGACCGAAGCUGCUGCCGAUGAUUUGAAGAUGCUGCGACCCUUGGAGACCCCAAAGGGAAACCCGGAGCUUCAAGAAGAAGAAACCGCGAUCAGGUUGCAGUUGGCCCGCGCCGAAAAGGCACUUGCACCCAAACAAAGGGAAGUGGCUGAAGCGUUGAACGAAUCCUUUGAGUUGCGCAAAGCUUUGACCUCUGCCUACAACAACCGCUCUGCCGCCAAGAUUGCUGAGGCUGAAGCUGCUCGAGAGGUGCGUUCGAGUCGCAGGAGGAACGCUGGGCUUCGGGAGUCCUUGAAGAAACAGCUAACUUCAGUGGCUGAGUUGAAGGAAUCCAAACGGGAAGUUGAAGCCAAAGAUCGGAAAGUUUUGCUACUCCAGAGACGGGCCUUGCAUGAAGAACUGGCAGAUACAGAGAGCAAUGCUCUGGCAGAAGAACUUCGGGUCAAAACUUCAGAGCUGCAGCUUGAAGCUCAAACUGCGCGGCGCUUAAGGGUUGACAUCAGGGACAUGAGAGCGAAGCAACAACAUCGCUUGCGACAAAGGUCGAAGACAGUUGGCUCAGUUAGCUCAGCUCCACUGGCCCUGGAGAAUUCAGUGCCAUCCUCCAUAUCUUCCGCAGAUGUGCAGAAGCAGCUGCGGAAGAGGGAACAGCAGCUGCAACUGCUGCGGACUUCCUUGAGCUCGGAUGGGCAGAGAUACCCCUUCACCGGAAGUGCUGAAUCCGAAAAAAAGGGCGCUGUGGACUAUGGCGCCCGUAGCGUUCCUGGCGUUCCUGGCGUUCCUGCUUUGGUCAGAUGUCCAGUGGUGACUGUGAACAACUUUGUGCAGGUCCGUCCAAACAAUCCAGUGACCCAAAGGGUCCACAUGGUCCACGGAGUGAGUUCUAGAAGUGUGUGA